AUGAUCAGAAUCGAUCAUGUAUUCGAUGGCAUACAAACGCUCUCGCUCAUGAGCGUGAGCUGUACACCCCUAGAACGAGCACCUAAAUCAUUACGAAAGCUGAUGCCAAUUAUUGACGAUCCGAACAAUAAAGAUGGUGAUCCAUUUCAAUGUGAUUCAACACCAAUAUUGCUCUACUUGGAUGGUCACUAUCCUCGAUCGUCCAUUUCGCUUUUCCCAUCAUCACCAAGUGAACUACGUCAACAAGUUAUUGACACAUGUUUAAGACUGGACUCGGAAUUAGGUCUUUAUGCACGUCGACUAACUUAUGUUGAAAUUCUCAACGAAAAACCAGGCGCAAUGUCAAUUCUAUUUGGUGAAAAAUUUUCAUGGGCCUAUAAUCCGGAUGAUAUUCGUUCUCGUUUUAUUAACGUUGGUCAUCAUUUAGGUACAAAUGAUUAUUUAGUUGGUGAUCGAUUCUCGGCGGCUGAUUUAACAUUUUGUUCUCUUAUCAAACCACUCGAACGAGUACCCGCUUUCAUCAAUGAUCAUCGCUUUCGAAUUGUUUUCGAAUAUCAUGAAAGAAUUCGACGAAACUACGAUCCAAAAUAUCCAAAUAUAGAUAAUUUUGUCGAAAAAAUGGCGGACAAGCAUAGGGCGCAGAAGAAACAAAAUGAAAAACGAUUUACGACCCGCCUAUGGGCAGUCGUUCAUCGAAUUAAUUUUGUUCAACGAUUUUUUAUUUGGUUUAUGACAUUGGUUGUGAGCAACGUAUAUCCACCGAUAACUGAUGAUGAAGAAAUGCCUGAAUUUCAGAGGUCAUCAUCAGACGAUAAUCGAAAACAAGAGGCACUCAAUGAUCAACGGCUAAUGAAUAACAAGUCGAUAUGGUCAAUGAUCAAGCUUAUCUUCAAAUAUCAAUGCCAUCUAUUUUUUACUAUUCCGAACCAAGCAGCCUAUUUAAACAGAAAAUCAUAG